GGUCUGACAAGGCAAUAUAAAUCCGCCUUUCCAUUUUUCUCCGAGGCAAACAAAAGGGGAAAAACGCGAAGGCCGAGGGGAAAGCGGCGGCACGGCGGCGCGGCGGAAGGCGAUCGGGAGGCGCCCAGGACGCCGCGAUGCCGGUAACAAGAGGGCGCGCCGCGGCGGCGGCGGCAGAUGAGGAAGAGGGCCACGCGCCCAUCGACAUCUCCUCGGAUUCCGAUGCCGGCGGAUCCGAAGAGUCCGGGUCGUCGUCGUCGGAGGAGGAGCCCGGCAGCGACGAAGACUACAUCGACAUCAGCGACAGCGGCGAGAGCUGCGUCGACAUCAGCGAUAGCGGCGAGAGCUACGUCGACAUCAGCGACAGCGACGGCGACGAAGAGGACGACGAUGAAGAAGGCAGCAGCGCCGGGAACGAGGGGGAAGCGGAGGCGGACCGGCCCGGCGCGGAUCUGAGCGAGGCUGCCUGCACAAAAAUCGCCGAUCUCCUCCGGCGAGGGAGAAACCUGGAUGGUAUUAAGUUGGCGGAGUGCAAAGCAUAUUUAAAGAAUAAUGGUCUUCCCCAAGUUGGGGACAUAGCAACUUGUGUCGAAAGAAUAAUGCUGCAUCGUAGGUUCAAAGACGAAGAUCCAGAGAAGAUUUAUCCUCGGUCAUCCUUUUGUAUUAACUGUAAAGGCGAUGUCUGUCGAGGUGAUACUGUCUUAUUCAAACAAAAGGUUCACGAGAAAAGCGGCAAAAGGCACUCAAAAUGUAUGGGGAAGCGAAUAGUAGCUGGGAAAGUUGUCAAAGAAAGCUAUGGUAAAGACAAGCAACAACACACAUUUACUAUUCAAGUGUUCUGGAGCAAAGGAGUAGGCAAAUUACCACCUUUGUAUCUGCUACUUGUCAAAGGACGCAAUCUAUACAGAAUGAUGACUUUCCGUCAGGCUUGGGCGAAUGAAGCGAAUAGGUUGAAGGCUCUAGAAGAAAAGCACAAUAGAGGAGAUGCUGCAAGGCGUGUCCGUGCUUCAAAUAGACGUAAUUCUGGAGGACACGCUCUUAAGGGCAAGAAAUCAAAGGAAAAAGGAAAGCAUCAGUCUCAACCUGGACGGCCUGAUGGUGGAUCCAAUAGCACUAAAGGCGGAAAACGUGCUAUGCAAUCCUCCAAUUCUGAUCAUCCUGCCAAAAAAAUUCGAAAAGAAGAGCACUGGGUGUCUUCUAGAAAAAACUUCACUGAUGGUCGUCGGAAGGCAAGGACAAAUUCUGCCCCCCUGGAUAAGAACAUUGGCAUCGGCACCAGCAGUUCUCAGCAAAAUGCCAACACGGAGACAAAUCAUGCCAUCUCGCAGAAAAACUUGCGAACAACACCAGUUAACUAUGGUCUGCGUAACACGGAGGCUAGGGUGAGUAAAGGAAAAGCCGGUUCGAAGCAAAAAAACACUGUUGGUGGCAACCAUGAUCAUUUUGAAGGAAGGCGCGUAAGUUCAGCUUCUCACCCGCAGGCUUACCCAGGAAAUUCAGUUGGGAUGCAUCAUCCUUUAUCUGAGAGGCCCCAGCGGCCACCUCCAUUGCGCGAAGUUGGCAAUGCCUGGCAACAUCAUAUGGACGGCAGAUCAAUUUCAUGUCCAAACCCUACAAUGGUUUUCGGACAACCAAAUGCAGCACCGGCUGGCUGGCGUGCGCCUGGUUAUUUCAGGGGACCUCCACCUGAUCAACGCGCGGUGGUAUUUCCACCAUUCAACACGUCGCAAACUAUAUACCGCCGUCAUCCAGAUGGGGCAAAUGUGAUGCCGCAGUACAGAUAUUCUGGUGGUAGUAAUGGUUUUCCACGAUAGGGUAGUUUAUCUGAUGACAGUUGCAUUGUGGAACACUUGAUUAGUGGUCACUGGUGAGAAAUGUGUAAAUGCAGACGCAACUCUGUAGUUGAGAGUAAACAAGAAAGCUUCAGAAACACCUCCAUUUAUUUGCUGAAUGGGUUCAUAAAUGGACUUAUCUGCUACAAGUAGAAAUUUUCUGAAACAUCACAUGACGAUUCUGAGAAAAAUUUAAAUGGUAGUACUACCAAAUAGCUUGGCUCCAGUCUUGUGGCGGAUAUGGCCCUCAGCCUACACCAAACAUUUCAGUUGAGCACAGUUCAUUAUUGUAUCAGGAAAUAUGUUAGUUGGGAGAACAUGGACGUUCUCAGAGAUCAGGCGAAUCUGGCCGUUCAUCUCGAUUCCUGAUGCGAUUUGGGCCGUCCGAUCUCUCCCUCGGUUGACCUCAUCCGUUGGAUCGAAGCCGGACACUGCUACAAUGAAUAGUACGUCAUCUGGUGUGCCACCGCCUGUUAUUUCGGUGCCCCCUCAAGGGCAUUUUAGUCAUUUCACACAUAGGCGUAUAAAAGAGGGGCGCACCCGUGGAGACCCAGCCGCUACCUCCGCCCGCACUCGCGCCGCUCCCUAUCCUCUUCCUCUCGCCUCACCUCUCUCUGUCUCUCUCUCUCCCUCCAAACCCUAACCCGCACCCGCCUCCCUGCCCUGCUGCCGGCCGCCGCCGCUCGCCCGGGCACCCAUCCACGACCUCACGCUGCCCACGGGACGAGUGGUGGCCGCGGUGACGAACGCUGCUGCUCCUCCGCUUCCUCGAACUCCAAGAUGCGGGCCACGGAUCCGUGGUCGCCUUCUUCCGCGAACAGCGGCGGUGCCCGCUGUCGGCGUCAGACUCCCAAGCAAGCGAGGAUGAGCACGACGCGUAGGAGGACGACGACCCGAGCUUGAGCCCGACCAUGACGCACCGCACAAGGUCCUUGCUUCCUUCCUGACGGCAAUGGAUCCCUUCCUUGCAGUUGCCUGGGUUGCUGACGAGAUCCAUCUGCCCGGCUGGAGCCUGUUAUUCGCUUGAUGAAAGUCAGACCAAUUGUAGGACUGACCUUUCUCUCAAAUUUCACCUGAAACACCAAGCUUUACAUCUGAAGCUCAGCAGUAUAAUUUUCCAGAGUUUGGCUUGAGGCAUCAUUUUGCAGCUGAAAGGAAAUGGGCUCUUUGUCUUCAGUCUCGAGCUCAUCCACGAGAAAUCAUAACAACUGAAGUGCUUAAAGCUUUGCAAGAGCUGAAUGUUUGCUGGAAGAAGAUUGAGCACUAUAACAUGAAGUGCAGGUGGAGUCAGACUUUGUUGAGAACAUGAUGCAUAACCAAAGCAUCGGCAGCACCUGCGAGAGGAGGCUACCACUGCUUCCACUGUAUGGAACCAAUGUGUUGUGUUCAAAUGAUAGGUGGCAUUGCAAAUUAUGACCAGUUUAAAUGUUGUUUAGUGAGGUAUGGUUUGCUCAUUAGCUUUUAUUGCUCAUUUCAUUUACCCGUUCAUUCCUGGCGGUUACCAUCUUAUACCCAAUAUAGAUUUGUAACAGAUUAGGUUUUGUUUGAACAUGAUUUUAUUUUUACAGUGGUACAUUAUAUGCAACAUUUGGGUUAAGCUUCUCAAAUGGCUAGCAUCAAUUAGGCUUGACCACCAAACUGAAACCAAAGAAUAUAAAAAGUUCAGUUAAGCAUCCAAAGCUUGCAGAGGGAUUUUUUUUAAGCAGUACACUAUAUAGUUAGCCAAGGGAAACUUCUAUUUUUGCUGCUUCCUGUUCCUGAAUUUUAUGUAUGAAAUCACUUGAGUGUGUUGUUUGCCCAUCGCUGAACCAACAGGAGCCUGUUGCCAUGUGUUUUUUAACUAAUCAGACUACUUGGAGACCAAUCUGCUAAAAGUGGUCUAACUAAGAAAAUGCUUUCUUCUAUCUGUACUAGAAACCGACAAUGACAACACCAUUUCUACAUAAUUGAACCAAGUGACUAAAAAAUUAUAAUGCAUGGUACAACUUUACCUGAGGAUUAUUUCUAUAGACGAAGAACACAGUUGCAUCUUUGCCUUCUAAAUUUUUAGUUAUUUUAAAAGAUAACUUAAUAAUAGAUGGAUAAAUGAGCUUGGCUUUCAAACCUGCGAGGUUUAGUAUUUCCUGUUGAAUUUACUUCUGUGUUUUGCCAGACUCCAUCCGCCAAUUGGAUAUAAGCUGAGGAAAGUUUCAUAUUUUACCUUGGAGCAUCUCUGAUUGAACACUAUUGACAUCUAAUUAGGUAGUCUGUACUUCGGAGGAGCUCGCUACUUCAAUUCUUUAUAUUAUUUAAUUAAUUGGGUGUGACAAUAUGUUGUACAUUAUAGACAUUUGCCACUUACACCAGAGACUCUUCCUUCUAACCUACUCAUCUCUACCUAUAUACAGCUAACUACAAUUUUGGUAUUGGGGAUAAUUACUGGAGUAACAGAUGCUUGAUUCCUCUUUGUACAAUUGUGUGUUCUUAGUAUAGAUGUAUGUUCGUAGUGUAGAAUAUACCUUCGUCUAGAAGAGGUCACAUUUUCUUCAUUCUAAUAAUCAUUCAUUGGACAUUGGUGUUCGUUAGUCGAUUAUUGUCUAAAUAAUUUUGCAAAAUCAGUAUGAUGAUGCAUGACUUCAGUCAGAAAUUUUUAUGACGCUGAUUUUUUUGGAAAUGUAAUGCCUAAAAUGCACUGUUCUGAAUUUGUUCACGAUAAUGGUUGUUGUUAAUAUUUUUUCAGUGCCUAACCACAAAAUCAUCGGCACACUUUAGGAUACCAGUUGUAUUUUGUAUCUUUGAGUGGCUAAUUUCAAAUUGAAACUGAGAUUGCUUACUGCUUACAGGCUGCUUACUGCUUACAAGAUUGAAAUUUGAACAUUUGUAGCUUCUAAAUGUAUUGUAGCACAUUUGGAUUAAUUCCUGAACAUAAACAAACAUGAUGAUCCAGAUCUAAUGAAAAUUCUGAAUGCAACUGGAAAACAUUUGUUUGUGCAAUGACCGUAUAAAUAAAACCAAAGUGCGGCUGAGUUGACGUUGAUAGACUUGUGCGUGCUCUGCCACUCGUAACCUUUUUUUUCUCCCAUCGAUCAUGUUCUAUCUCCAGUGCUCAUGUCUGAUGGUCAUUCCUAAUAGUAUGCUUAUUCUUUCAGGUUUAAGCUGCUUUCAGGUUUACCAAGCAUUCUCUACUGUAGUAUUUGGUCCUUCUCCCCUCCUCUUCUUAGUGCUUGCAUUUGAUGAAGCAAAACAUGCAUAUCUCAUCAGUGCUUGCUUGACUCUGGGCUGGAUCUCAGCGGCAUUUGCUCAACCUGCAGCUGUCUCUUGAUAUCCUUUUUGCGGUUUAGUAUUACAGUGAACCGACUCAUCAGCGUCGCAUGGGUACUUGGUGUCACGUCCACCCGCCGAGUUGACGAGUCAUAUAUUGCUUUCCAAAUUGUUCUUAUUCCUGUGACUCAUAAGUCGUAAUGCAAAAAUAAUAUGCGUCCAAGGAAGCAGGCCAGGAUAUAUAUUGCUUUCCCUAUAUAAAGUAUACUUCCUUAGUCCUCUCUGUUAACACCGAGUUUUUUUGUGUGUGGCUAUUAGCCAGGUAGCAGGCCAGAAUCUUACUCAUUGUUAUAUGAAUUAAAUAUGGAUUGUGUCAUGCCCACAGUACGAUAUGUAGGGCAAAAGAUCGGCCUAUUAGGUCAUUGUACUCUUCUUAGUUGGGUUGUGAACACCUCAGCUAUACUUGAUGUGUAGAGGCAUAUUCUUGCUAUAAUCUGUUCUGACUGCCAUGCUUCUUAGUUUCCAAUAUAUUAGUCCAACAAAUGAUGUUGCUUCCUAAUUUUUUGUAAUUACAAUAUGCUCUGAUAGACAUUUUAUAUGUUUCUCUAAUUCUUUGGUCUGGUUUCGAGCUCAGAUGUAUUUAAGGUUGUCUUGCAACAAUGCAUCUUUAGGGACCUGAAGUUCAUUAUUAAGAGAAGCUGAUGCUUGUGCGGAUUGUUGAAUCAAUCAAGAUGGAAUGCAAUAGAGUCUCAUUGGUACCAUUGCCGAUGACCACGAUGCAGACAUUCACUCUAUUAUCUGAGAUUUUUUUUGCUCAUCCCCUAUGGUAGAUGAUAGUUCAAGCUGUGAAUUAAUCCACUAUACAUAUUUUCAUCUUUUGUUGUGUUUUAGCAUAACCGUUGUCUGAUUUGAGUUUUUGUAAGCCUGCUGAAGUCCUAUUGAUUGUGUUCCUGCAACUCAGUUUUCAUCAAAGGGGUGUCUUCUGAAAAUUAAGAGAAUAACUAAUUGUAUAUGCUAUUUAUUUGUGUACUUUUUGUGAGAUUCAGAUGAUGCACACUUGAAUUAUAAUUGAAUCAUGUGUCCUCGGCUAUUGAGGCCUAAUGAAAACUUUUUAUUGUAUUA